GAUUCUCUAACAUGUAUUUCUUGUAGGCACUCACAAAUGAUGCUCUUCGUUCUUUUCACACUCGUGUAUCUCUUCUGUCGUCCGACCUUUCACGGUUUUGUUUUGGCGAAGCUACUCGUCCUUGCUCUGGCACCAUGACCUCUUCCCGAAUCCUCUUUGUUACAUCCGCAUUAAACAAUGGACGCAACGUCCAUCGUUUCCUCUUGCAGUCCUUGCUCAUGCCAUUUGUCACGUCACAGUAUCCAGAUACAGGUGGCAAGACAGAGCACUCUGCUGGUGCAUGUUUUGUCUCCUACUCGUCUUCUGCUUUGGCAUCAUAAAUUCCCGUCCUUCGAUCAGACUCGCAGUUAAGUAUGCACAACUGAUAUACAUCGGUCGAAGUUUUCUGUCAGAAUCAGGUAAGGGCACCAUGGCAUCGGAACACGCUCAGAAAAAAGCGGAGGAGUUCUUUCACCACGACAAGCCAGAGGCUGAGACUCCCCCGAUCGAUCAGGAGUUCGGGAGAAAACCAGCUAAGGACUCAGGAGCGAGGCAAGCUGAACAUAAGCAGCAGAGAGCUGAAGAAGCUGCAGCUGCACCACUUACUGGGCGCGAUGUUGAGCGCUCGGUGAAGGACUCCCUGAAGCAAGCAGACCAAUAUGGAAGGGAUAUGAGCGUUGAGCAGACGCUACCUCAAACUCGUAUCGAGGAGCAAAAUCCUUUUGGUGGAUCCAUGAACGAGAAAGGAAAGGCGGGAAUGCCGUAAACUCAGUACUUUCAGAUUUUCCUGGCGGAGGUGGUCUUUACCACUCUACUUCACAACUUUGGAUGAAGUUCGGAAAACCUUUUGUAAGUGACGAUGUUCUGAGUUUAAAUUGUGGAAGUACAGGUCGUUCCGUCCAAUUACCUAGAGUUCAAGAUAUGGAGAAGAACCUUUAAUACAACUGGAUACCAUCGCACUUCCCGUGUAGCCAGAGCAUCUAAAAUAAUGAAUGGCAGGAUCUUCGAAUUGGAGUUGUGCAUCAUGAAUAUAGUAGAACUUGGUCGUUAUCAGACGUGAAUCUCUUUUAGAUCCAAUGUCG